UGUCAAAAGCAGCGCUGUACAACUUCAGCCAUGGGUCGUGUCCGGACUAAAACCGUCAAGAAAGCGGCGAAGAUUAUUAUUGAAAAAUACUAUACAAGAUUAACACUUGAUUUUGAUACAAAUAAAAGAAUAUGUGAAGAAAUCGCUAUCAUUCCUACCAAGCCUCUUAGGAAUAAAAUUGCUGGAUUUGCCACACAUUUAAUGAGGCGUCUCAGACACUCGCAAGUGCGAGGAAUCUCUAUCAAACUUCAGGAAGAGGAGCGUGAGAGGCGUGACAACUAUGUCCCAGAAGUGUCUGCUCUCGAACAUGACAUCAUCGAAGUAGACCCCGACACCAAGGAUAUGUUGAAGAUGCUGGACUUCAACAAUAUUAAUGGCCUGCAACUAACACAGCCAGCUACCCAGGGUGGCUAUGGUGGCAGGCGUAAUUAAUAAAUUAUAAGAAUAAAA